CUGAAUGUCCGGUUAGAAGCGGAGGCCCAGACGGGGAGAGCUACUCCAGGGCAUCAGCAACAACUUCUCUGUGGAGGAGACGAAGACUUCGACGGAAACAGACAGGAGAAAAGGUCGCGAGGCAGACCCGUGACUUGCGGCAUUUGCCCACUUUCAGGGCAGAAGAAGAAUGGCUCUGGCCCGGAUCCUGAUCGCAGCAGGGCUGCUGAGCUGCCUCGUCACAUGCUGCCGCUCGCAAACAACACCAGAGCCGUCUUUCCUGGUGAGUUUCCCAGCCCUGAUAAGGUCCGAGUCUGAGGCCAAACUGUGUGCCAGCCUCAUGAGCCCCAAUGAGACCAUGCGCAUGUCCAUCUAUCUGACCGACGGCGACCAGAAGAAGCUGCUCCACCAGGAGUCCUCAGACAAGGAGUUCCACCGCUGCUUCACCUUCCAGGCCCCAGCGGUCGAUGAGGAUAAGGUGCAGAGCAUCAGGGUCGAGGUCGACGGCCAGACCUCUCACUGGACUAAAGACAGCCGCAUCAAGUUCACACCAAAGCAUAACCCCAUUAUGCUCAUUCAAACUGACAAGCCCAUAUACACCCCGGGCCAAACAGUGCAGUUCAGAGUGGUUACCAUGGAUACAGACUUCAUCCCCCUCCAGCAGAAGUACCACCGAAUAAUACUGCUGGACGACCGUCGUAACACCAUUGGCCAGUGGCUGAAUGUGACGUCGGAGAGGAGCAUGGUGACGCUGUCGCACCCUCUGAACGCUGAGGCGUCACAGGGCACCUACCAGCUGAUGGUCUCCGCUCAGAAGGGGGAGAGGUCACACCUCUUUCAGGUCAAGAAAUAUGUACUGCCUAAGUUUGAUGUGAGCGUGAACACUCCAGAGAAACUCAGUAUUGGAGCUCCAGAGAUCCAGCUGAAGGCAUGUGCCAAGUACACGUUUGGCCAGCCUGUGCCUGGGAAAGCCUCUGUGUCCCUGUGCCGAGCCCCUGAUCUCAACCGCUACCUAGACGAUGAUGCAGACUCUGUGUCUGUGGAGCUGUGUGAGAGGGAGUCACUGGAGCUGGAUAAGUCUGGCUGUGCCACUCACGUCUUCUCCAUGGCGACCUUAACCGCUCUUGACACGAACGCAAAACUGAGGGAUUCCAUAACCUUCAAGGCCACCGUAGCUGAGGAGGGGACAGGCAUCAGUCGCUCUGAGAGCAAAGACAUCCCGCUGGACUACUCUCUUGGGAAAGCCGUUUUUGUUGACACGCCGGACAAGAUCGAGGAAGGCGCCGUAUUGAAGGGCAGGAUCAGAGCGACCCAUCACAAUGACACGGCCAUGGCCUCCAGAACCGUCCAUCUGUUCAAAGGUCCGAGGUGGGGAGCAGAACUCCUGCUGAACCUGACCACAGACGCAGCUGGAGAGGCCCAGUUCUCACUGGACACGGCUCCUAUCCAAGGAGACUUUGAGCUCAUCGCCAGUGUGACUGCAGAUGUGACCAGCUAUAGGCCGUACAGAACUCCGUACUACGACCACGGAUCCAAGUCGGUGUCCAGACUGAGGGCCGCGUCUGCCUUCGCUCCCACCUCCAGCGCUCUGGAGGUGCAGGAGACACAGGGCCUUCUCCAGUGUGGCCAGGAAACCACCAUCACCAUCAAGUACACCUUCACCGGGGAGACCUUCCAGUCACAGUCUGUGGAUGUCAUUUACAUGGCGUUGUCCAAAGGACAGAUUGUUCAUCACGGCUUCACUCACGCUGCGGUUGCGCCGGGCUCCCAACCGGUCGUGACGGGUCAAGUGUCCUUCAAGCUGUCCGUCAGGCCCCAGAUGGCUCCUACAGUGAAGGUCGUGGCCUACUGCGUCCUGCCCAGCGAGACCGUGGUGGCGGACAGCAGGACCUUCAGCACUGCAAAGUGCUUCGCCAACAAGGUGUCCGUGCAGUUCUCGCCCCCAAGGGCGGUUCCUGGAGAGAAGGGCUCCCUGCAGCUGUCUGCCCAGCCUGGCUCUCUGUGUGGCCUCAGUGCCGUGGACCAGAGUGUGAUGAUUCUGGAGCCUGGGAAGCAACUGGAUGCCGAAAGGGUGUAUGACCUGCUGCCGUCACUGGGCUCCCAUGUGGCGUAUGACGUGGAGGACCCAGUGGAGUGUCUGAAAGUCAGGCCACGCCGCUCCAUCGCACCCAUCUUCCCCGGACGACGCGGCUCCGACGAUGGGGCAGCUGCCGUGUUCAAGAAAGUGGGGAUGAAGGCGGUGUCUAACUUGGUUCUGCGGAGUCCCGACUGCCUAAUGUACAAGGGCCAGACAUACCACAAAGGCUACGGGUAUCCCGAGGUUGCGUAUGGCGUGGCUCUCAACUCGAUGCAUGACCCGAUGCCCAUGCCUUUGGGGGGUGCCUUUGAAGGGGGCGAUGGGGGCUCCACAGUACGCACAGUCUUCCCAGAGACCUGGAUCUGGGACUUGGCGGAAGUCGGAGAGUCUGGGGACACAGAGGUCCCUGUCACCGUCCCCGACACCAUCACCACCUGGGAAGCGGAGGCCUUCUGCCUGCACCCCCAGGGCUUUGGUCUGGCCCCCCCAGUCCAGCUCACCGUUUUCCAGCCCUUCUUCCUGGAGCUGUCCCUGCCCUACUCCAUCAUCCGUGGAGAGACCUUCCAGCUCAGAGCCACAGUCUUCAACUAUCUGCCCAAGUGCAUCAAGGUGACAGUGACUCCGGCCCCCUCAUCAGACUUCACUCUGAGCCCCUCUUCUGAUGGCCAGUAUUCCUCCUGUCUGUGUGCCAACGGCAGGAAGACCUUCAGCUGGACCCUGGUGCCCUCUGUGCUGGGUUUGAUGAACGUGACUGUUAGUGCGGAGGCAGGUCCAUCUGAGGGGAUGUGUGGUAACGAGCUGGUCUCCGUGCCAGAGAAGGGACGCAUAGACACAGUCACACGCCCCCUGCUGGUCAAGGCUGAGGGUGUGGAACAGAGUAAAAGUUUCAACUGGCUGCUGUGUCCAAAAGGGGGCGCUCUCACAGAGGAGCUGGAGUUGAGUCUGCCUGAAGGCGUUGUUAAGGGAUCUGCCAGAUCAUCAGUGGCCGUGCUAGGUGACAUCAUGGGCCGUGCCCUGAAGAACAUCGACAGUCUCCUCCAGAUGCCCUACGGGUGCGGAGAGCAGAACAUGGCCAUUCUCUCCCCAAACAUCUACAUCCUGGAGUACCUAGAGAACACCAGGCAGCUCACCCCAGACAUCAAGGAGAAAGCCACCAACUUCCUCAAGAAUGGAUACCAGAGGCAGUUGAACUACAAGCACGGUGACGGAGCUUACAGCACGUUUGGCAAAGGAGGAGGGAACACCUGGCUCACUGCAUUUGUGUUGAGGUCGUUUGGCAAAGCCAAGGCCUUCAUCUACGUUGACCCUCAAGUGAUCGGCAGUGCAAGCAGCUGGCUCGAAUCCAAACUCAGACCCGACGGCGUGUACGACAUGCAGGGAAAACUCUUCAACAACAGAAUGAAGGGGGGAGUAAACGAUGACGUGACGAUCACCGCUUACAUCGCUGCUGCCAUGCUGGAGCUGAAGAUGCCAGUCCAGGAAGAAACCAUGAAGUUUUUGAAGUCCUCUGUCGGCGACGUCUCCAGUACCUAUGCCACUGCUCUGCGGGCCUACGCCUUCAGCCUGGCAGGAGAAGAAGAGAUCAGAACUCAGCUGCUCAAGCACUUGGACAGUGUGGCAACCUCUGAAGGGGGUCUCCUGCACUGGUCCAAGUCCUCAUCACAGAAGGCUGAUUCCCUGGGGGUGGAGACCAGCUCUUAUGUGCUGUUGGCUUCCCUCACCAAACCCACGCUGACCACUGCAGACCUGGGCUACGCCGCCAAGAUCGCCAGCUGGCUCGUGAAGCAGCAGAAUCCAUACGGAGGGUUCUCUUCCACACAGGACACGGUGGUGGCACUGCAGGCUCUGGCUUUGUACGCCACCAAGGUCUUCAGCCCACAGGGCUCCAGCACCGUCACAGUGCAGGCAGCAGGUGGCGCCAAACAGCAGUUUGACGUCAACCAGCACAACACAUUGCUUUACCAGGAGGGGGUGUUGCCGGACGUUCCUGGAAAGUACAACAUCGAGGUCAAGGGAACGGCAUGCGCAUCUGUGGGGGUGUCUCUCUUCUACAACAUCCCCACUCCCACCGACCACUCCACCCUGAGCAUCUCGGCUCAGGCCAAGCCUCGGACACCUUCAGAGUGUAACAAGGCCAAUGGACAGGCCUUCAACUUGGAUAUCAAUGUCGUGUACAACGGCCCUCAGGAGAGCACCAACAUGGCCAUAGUGGACGUGGCAAUGCUGUCUGGUUUCAGUGCCGACGCAGACUCUCUUGACAGUCUACGGGGAAGCAUAUUUGUGGAUCGAGUAGACAAGAAAGAUGACCACGUCCUGGUGUACUUAUCAGCGGUUCCCAAGGAGCUGAAGCUGCGUUACCAGCUGACCAUCAGACAGGAUCUCCCAGUGAGCAACCUGAAACCAGCUGUGGUCAAGGUGUACGACUACUACCAGCCAAGUGACCAGGCUGAGGUCGAGUACUCCUACCCAUGUCCAUAGGAGGGAGAGGGACCUGAUGCAUGCCCCCCAUCCUCGUGUACGGGAGAAGCCCCUGAUGUGUAACCCUGUUCUUCUGUAUGAAUAGGAGGGGGGACUGGAUCACCGAUGCUGGGAUAGUGGGAUAGCCGGGGGGGUGGGGUUGGGGGGUAUUCCAAGAGGCUGGUUUAGUACUAAACCAGGUUUACUUGACCUUGAGGUAGUGGUUAAAUCAUCUUAUAGAAGAGCCUGAAGUCUUAAUUUUCAUUUACUAUUAUUAGGUUUACCACUUCCUGUAGGUUAAAUUAGCCAGGGUUAUCACUCAUGGAAUACCCCCUUAUGUGUAUGUACAGCUCCAGGCCACUUUAUUAGAAUAGCAUGAAAACGUUGAUUUAUUUCCAUAAUUCCAUCAAUAAUGUUAAACUUCAAUAUACCCUGUAGAUUUCCAUGCCACGUUUUUGGCGCUAACGCACCAAUUCUAAAUCACCAGAAAUGAAACCCCAUUGAAAAUGAAUGGGUUUUAUUUCUGGUAAGUUAGAAUUAAACUUGUGAGUUAACACCAAAACGUGGCAUGGAAAUCUACAGGGUAUAUUGAAGAGUGAAGGGUGGGUCACCAGAUCAGCAAACAAGAACAGCUGACAGCAAAGCAUCAAGGAUAUCUGGGCUUCCAUAACUCCCAUGUAAUGUUUCUGCCAUUGACUUCAAUGUUAAGCACAUCAUGGCAGUUAUUAAGACAGAGAGAGUACCAACCUCAGGUAUUGAACAUUGCAUGAUAUGUAGAUAGUACCAAAUUUCAACUGAUUUGAUGUGACCUGAAUUUUGCUGAAGAAAAUUGUGAUUUUAUCACAAUAUUCUAAUGAUGCGAAUUCCCCAAUUCAUGGGUUUUUUGAGCUGGAAGCCCAAAAUAUGCAAAAAAUAAACAAUUGAAUGAUUGGAAUAGUUUUACAGUUUAACAUUAUUGAUGGAAUUAUGGAAAUAAAUCAACUUUUUCAUGCUAUUCUAAUAAAGUGGCCUGGAGCGGUAUGUAUGUGUGUGGGUGUGUGGGGUGCGUGUGAGUGUGUAUUUUUCCUUCAUACAUUAAAAAACUUCCCUGAGGA